AUGCUUCCAGGGCUCGAGAGGAUUGACAAGCACACGGCCCACGUCAACGGCGUCGACAUCGCCUACCGCGUCUCUGAGGGAGGCAAACCACCCCUUCUUCUCCUCCACGGCCACCCUCAGACGCAUGCGAUCUGGCACAAGGUCGUCCCGGCCCUCAGCGAGCACUUCACACUAGUCCUCCCCGACUUGAGGGGCUACGGAGAUAGUUCGAAGCCUCCCGCGACGCCGGACCACUCCAACCACAGCAAGCGCGUCAUGGCUGCGGACAAUGUGCAACUCAUGCUUCAUCUGGGAUUCAACCGCUUCAGUAUCCUCGCUCACGAUCGUGGAGCGCGCGUGGCCCACCGCCUCGCCAUGGACCACCCGUCCGUAUUGGACCGCCUAGUGGUGCUGGACAUUGCCCCCACGCUCGCAAUGUACGAGGGCACUACCGAGUUGUUCGCACGCAAGUACUGGCACUGGUUCUUCCUCAUCCAGCCCAGUCCAAUGCCCGAGACUUUCAUCACCAGUAACCCAGAGACGUUUCUCCGUGCCUGCAUGGUCAAGUUUGCUGGCACCAAUCCAUUCGACGAUGCCGCGUUCGAAGAGUACCUCCGCUGCGCCAAGCUUGAGGGGUGGGCAACUGGUGUGUGCGAGGACUAUCGCGCAGCCGCGUCAAUCGACCUCGACCACGACCGCGUCGAUCGCAACGCGGGCAAAAAAGUCCAGGCACCACUACUUGUUCUCUGGGGAGCCGCUGGAAUCGUUGAGAUGUGCUUCGACCCGCUGGCGGAAUGGCGCCGCGUCGCGGCUGACGUGAGUGGCGGCACCUUGGCGUGUGGACACUACAUCCCCGAAGAGGCGCCGGACGCUCUGAUCAAGAAGGCGCUCCCGUUCCUCCUCGGCACCGAGUAG